AUUCCGUUAAUCCCUUCCGUUUACUUCUUCUGCCAACUCCCACGAGCUCUCAACUCUUCUGUCCUCCAAGAUUAUCCCCUUCCCCCCAAUCGGAUUCUUCGCCAUUUUUCUUUGAUUCUCUGAACCAACAACAACCUUUCUUCUCUCUAUCCAUUGAAGAAUUCCUUUCAUGGCUUCCGAUACUGAUGAGGAGAAUGCUUGGCAAGAGGCUCUACGGAGGAUGCUGCCUGCUGGUGCACCGUUACCAGACGAAGAACACCUUGAUUACUCGAUUGCAGUUGAGUAUCGAGGCCCUCCUGUGGAUCACGAGCUACCGAAGAUCGAACCACUGGAUUUGGAAUCACUUUCUAUUCCAUCUCCUUCCAUUAUUUCGGUCCCUGACGCUUCUUCGAUUCCGAUUGUUUAUCCUAUUGCUCCCAGGGUUUCCAGGUUUAAUCGGUUUAGGAAUGGAGCAGAUUCCCGUAGUCCAAUGGAGAGUCAGAGAUCGUCUUCGGUUUCUAGAGUUCAACAGGAAUCGCAGAAUGGUGAACACUCGGAGUUUAGUUCAGAACUGUCUGUACAGCACUUGAAUUCUGAAUCUGAACCUGCUGCGGUUGAAGGUAGGCGUGCAAAUACUGUAACGUUUGUUACACCGAGAGAUUCGGAAGACGACGACGAAGAUGUGUUUUCCUAUACCAGGUCGUGUACGACCGAUGUGAUGACAUCUCCGGCUUUAUCUCAUUCCCGGGAGAAGCAAUCGAAGAAGAGAGGAAUUUGUAGUAGAUGUGGGAGAGGUAAUCGGUUGAAAGAGAGGGAAGCUUGUUUGGUCUGCGAUGCACAGUACUGCAGUAAUUGUCUACUUAAGGCAAUGGGAUCAAUGCCAGAGGGACGGAAGUGCGUGGGCUGCAUUGGACGGCCGAUAGAUGAGUCGAAGAGGCCAAUACUGGGCAAGUGUUCCAGGCUUUUAUCAAGAGUCUGUAGCCCAUUGGAGAUUAAGCAGAUACUGAAAGCUGAGAAGGAGUGCCCGGCGAAUCAGCUUCGACCCGAGCAGCUAAUUGUGAAUGGAAGGCAGUUACGUCCCGAAGAAUUAGCUGAGAUUUUGGGCUGUGCGGUUCCCCCGCAGAAAUUGAAGCCGGGAAGGUAUUGGUACGACAAGGACUCGGGGCUUUGGGGAAAGGAAGGAGAGAAGCCGGACAAGAUAAUCAGUUCAAAACUGAAUGUUGGAGGUAAGCUUCGGGCGGAUGCAAGCAAAGGGAACACAAAAGUUUUCAUAAAUGGGCGUGAAAUAACAAAGGUUGAGCUCAGAGUACUGAAGUUGGCCAAUGUGCAGUGUCCUCGAGAUACUCAUUUCUGGGUGUACGAUGAUGGAUCUUAUGAGGAAGAGGGCCAAAAUAAUAUCAAGGGGAACAUAUGGGGAAAGGCAUCAACCCGCUUGCUGUGUUCAUUAUUUUCACUUCCAGUACCUCCCGGCAAUCCCCAUGGGGCAAAAGAAGAUCCAACCACCAUGUCCGGCAGGUCUGUGCCGGAGUACUUGGAGCAUGGGAGAAUUCAUAAGCUUCUCCUGUUUGGGAUUGAAGGAUCUGGAACUAGCACUUUGUUUAAGCAGGCUAAAUUUUUAUAUGGGAGCAGGUUUACUCCGGAAGAGCUCCAGAAUAUAAAGUUUAUGAUUCAAAGCAAUAUAUAUAAGUAUCUUAGUACUUUGCUCGAGGGCCGGGAACGGUUUGAAGAAGAAGCUAUUAUUGAGAAAACUGCCGAGAAAUUUGGAGGAGCCACUGUUGAAGAGAAAUUGGAUGCUGAAAAGGCUGUCUCAGCUGAAACAGGAUCAGAAAGUAAGCAAUGUAUAUAUUCAAUCAACCAGAGAUUCAAGCAUUUUUCUGAUUGGUUAUUGAAUAUCAUGGCUACUGGUGACUUGGAUGCUUUCUUUCCUGCUGCAACGCGUGAAUAUGCUCCAAUUGUAGAUGAAAUGUGGAAAGAUUCUGCACUUCAGGAAACUUACAGGAGAAGAGAUGAACUGCUCAACCUUCCUGAUGUUACAAAAUAUUUUCUUGACCGGGUGAUAGAGAUUUCAAGCAAUGAAUACGAGCCUUCUGACAAGGAUAUUUUGUAUGCUGAGGGAGUCAGUCAAAGCAAUGGCCUUGCUUUUAUGGAUUUUUCUUUUGAUGAUAGGAGCCCCAUGUCUGAAAUAUAUGGUGAAAAUCUAGAAUUGCCCCCUCCAUUAACGAAAUACCAAUUAAUUCAAAUAAAUUCCAAAGGACUGGUUGAUGGUUGCAAAUGGUUAGAAAUGUUUGAAGACGUGAGGGCCAUGAUAUUUUGUGUUUCCUUGAGUGACUAUGACCAGAUAUGGUCCCAUAGUAAGGGUCCUCUGCAGAAUAAAAUGCUGGCUAGUAGAGAUAUGUUCGAGCAUUUAGUGAGGCACCCUUGUUUUAGGAAUACCCCUUUUGUGCUGCUGUUGAACAAAUAUGAUGCAUUCGAGGAAAAGAUAAAUCAGGUUCCAUUGUCGACUUGUGAUUGGUUUCAUGACUUCUGUCCUGUGAAACCACACACCAAUAUUCAGACAUUGGCACAACAAGCAUACUAUUACAUUGCAGUGAAAUUCAAGGAGCUAUAUUUAUCCAUUAGUGGUCAAAAGUUGUUUGUUACGCACACACGAGCUCGAGAGCGUGGCUCCGUGGAUGAUGCAUUUCGGUAUAUACGCGAGGUUCUCAAAUGGGAAGAAGAGAAGGACUAUCCUAUGUAUGAUAUCAUUGGAGACGAAUCAUUCUACAGCACUGAAAUAAGUUCCUCACCGGUUAUGAAUAACUUGCCAGUGACUUGAGACUAGUUGGACACUAGUGGUUCUUUCUGUAAGAAAGGUGGAACGAGCAGUUGAAUUGGUUCAUCUGUUCUCAAUAGAAAACUUUUGGUUUUCCGUUUUUCACUUUUUGGUUUGAAAUUCUUAAAUGGAUAUUAUGAUUCAUAGAUUAAGAACACAGAUUGGGAUGCUGUAUUUGAUAGGGUAGGGGAGAUUUAUUUGUGGAUUUAGGUUGAUUUGUUGUCUGUACAGCAAGUGCCUUGUUUAAAAUAAGCAAUAAAAAUCAAGCUCUUGUCGAUUCAU